AUGUCGUACAGCGACACGAUCCCGCUGAACGCCUCCUCCCAAUCGGACAUCGACGAGAUCGAGAAUCUCAUCAACUCUCACCCGUCCUCCGUCCUCCCAGCUCGGCCCCCAUCCCCCACACGCGCCUCCAUCCCGGUCUCCUCAUCCCCCUCCGCGCCGCCACCUCCGCCGCCCACCUUCAUCCCCUCCAACCUCCCACCGCCCGCAGCUCCCAAACCGACGCCAGUAACCUCCUCCGCGCCGAAAGUUCCCGCCGCCAGCGGAUCUGGCAGCUCAAGCGGCGGUAUAGCGGCGUCUGGGUUCGGGUCGCCGCCAAAUACUCUGACCGAGCCUGUUUGGGAUACCGUGAAGAGGGACUUGUCGCGGAUCGUUAGCAACUUGAAGCUGGUUGUUUUCCCCAAUCCUUUCAGGGAGGAUCCAGGGAAGGCUUUGAGGGAUUGGGAUCUAUGGGGACCCUUCUUCUUCAUUGUUUUCCUUGGCCUUACUCUCUCAUGGUCUGCUUCCGUUAAAAAGUCCGAAGUAUUUGCUGUUGCAUUUGCCUUACUCGCUACUGGUGCUGUAAUUCUGACCUUGAAUGUCUUGCUGCUGGGCGGUCACAUUAUAUUCUUCCAGAGCCUGAGUCUGCUCGGCUAUUGCCUAUUCCCCCUCGACAUUGGGGCCUUGAUCUGCAUGCUUGUAAGCAACGUGAUUGUGAAGGUUGUAAUGGUGGCCUUUACACUUGCAUGGAGCUCAUGGGCAGCAUACCCCUUCAUGAGCACGGCCGUUAACCCACGGAGGAAAGCCCUUGCCCUCUACCCCGUUCUCCUCAUGUAUGUGUCCGUGGGCUUCCUCAUCAUUGCCAUCGAUUGA